GUUGUUAUGGUUGUAAUAACGUAAAUUUAAUUAAUUUUAAUACUAUUUAAGGAAGUCCCGUUGAGACGGGACUUCCUGUGAAAUCAUCGAGUUUCAGUAAUGGAAAAACCUGCUAACUGCAAAUCCAAAAAUAAAAAAGCUGCAGCAAAACCGAAAUCUAGCAAAAAAAGGAAAAGCGAUGGACCCACGUGUUCCAUGUUCUUAGCUGAACUCAGAAGAAAAAUUGCACAUAAAGGUAAAGAAGAAGAGGAAGAAUCCCCGAGAAAUAUUAUUCAAACAAUUAUCGAGAGCAUAACAAAUGCCUUACCAGUCAAAUUCUCUAAGAAACCGCCUUCGAAGAAAGACUCGCCUAUGAAAAUUGAAACUUUGCAAACAUAUGCUCCUGAACUUUUACCAAACGAUACCAUAGAAGUACCACACGCAAUUGUUAGCAGUUCGAACAUCCCUCUCCUCAACGAAGAUACACCACCACAACCACAACGUAGGAAAGGUUUUAAAAUUCCAAAAAUGCCAUUGGUCAGUAGUGAUGUUUUUAAAACUGCUGUGGAUAAAAAACAAAAUAUAGUAACAGAAGAUGCAGCAGUUAACACGGGUGGUGAACACGAUGUAGCGAGUGAAAUAGCCAAACAUGUAGGAACAUUAAGAAAAAUCUCAUUAAUAGCAGAAGAGUUCAACCAAAAAACCGCUAAAAAUUUAAAAGAAAUUGUCGACAGCGUUCAAGAAGAUUUACUAAAAAAGUUGGAAGAAAUACAACAAGCUGAACAAAGAGCUUCUUCGUCAAAGUCUGAAUAGUUUGUUUAAAAACUAUAUAAUUAUAAAAGUGAAACAGACGAAAAAAGUUGACAGAUUUCCAAGCACUUUUGACAGUUAAAAUAAAAUGAUUACGCAUUUUAAAAUUUUCUGUAAUAAAAAAUAAAGUAAUUU